CAAACUUUUACUUUUUUUCGUGAUUGUUGUAAUGCACCUAUUGGCUAAUAUUUAAUUUUUAUUGGUUGAAAUUCAGUAAAUACGAGAGUAAAGCUAAUUUGAACCAAUAAGGUCGAUAGCGAUUAUCGCAAAAUAUAAUCAUAAAUUUCGUAAUACAUACACUGAUAAAUUGUUUAUUCCAUGAAUUCGUAAACUGUUCAUUGUAAUUUGUUUUAUUGUUACGAUAAUAAUUAAUAAAGUAACGCCACGUAAGAGCUGAUGAAAGACAUUACAUCGUCAGUGUAAAUUUUAAAGUGAUUUAUUUAAUUUUUAACACUAAAACUUAAAUAUGUGCGGUUCUGAUAAGAAAUUGGGUGAUAUUCGAGCCCUCAUUCUAGUUGGGGGCUACGGCACCCGCCUUAGGCCCUUGACGCUAAGUAGACCGAAGCCACUUGUGGAAUUUGCGAAUAAACCCAUUUUGAUGCAUCAAAUUGAGGCUCUAGUGGAAGCUGGUGUAACGCAAGUUAUCCUAGCAGUGUCUUACAGAGCGGAGGAUAUGGAAAAGGAGCUAACAGAGCAGGUGUCAAAACUUGGUGUGACGCUUACAUUCUCACAUGAAACCGAACCUCUUGGCACAGCUGGACCUUUGGCUCUAGCCCGAGAAUUGCUCAGUGCAAGCCCUGAACCAUUUUUUGUACUAAACUCUGAUGUUAUUUGUGAAUUUCCAUUCAAAGAUCUUGCUAAAUUCCAUAGAAGCCAUGGAAAGGAAGGGACUAUAGUAGUAACAAAGGUGGAGGAACCAUCCAAAUAUGGAGUAGUGGUAUACAAGGAAAAUGGUGAAAUAGAACAAUUUGUUGAAAAACCACAGGAGUUUAUUUCUAACAAAAUCAAUGCAGGAAUGUACAUAUUGAAUCCUUCAGUCCUAGAUAGAAUAAAAUUGCAACCAACAUCAAUAGAAAAAGAGGUGUUUCCAUUUAUGGCCAAAGAUGAACAGCUGUAUGCCAUGGAGUUGCAAGGGUUCUGGAUGGAUGUUGGCCAACCUAAAGAUUUCUUAACAGGAAUGUGUCUUUAUCUAACCAGUCUACGUCAGAAGAACUCAGACAUGUUGCAUGAAGGAGAUGGAGUGGUUGGCAACGUCGUGAUUGACCCCACUGCCACCAUCGGCAAGGGUUGCCGGAUAGGCCCCAAUGUCACCAUAGGACCCAAUGUAGUUGUAGAAGAUGGUGCGUGUAUUAAACGAAGUACAAUUCUGCGAGGUGCGUGCGUAAGGCAACACGCGUGGCUUGACAGUUGCAUCGUCGGCUGGCGGUCCGUUGUAGGCCGCUGGGUGAGAAUGGAGAACUGUACAGUGCUAGGUGAAGAUGUCAUAGUGAAGGACGAACUCUAUAUCAACGGGGGGCAAGUCCUCCCGCAUAAGUCCAUUGCCUUGUCUGUGCCCGAACCACAGAUCAUAAUGUAAAGUCACAGACUAAUAAUUAUUUAAAUGUGUAGACUUUGGCUAAUGAAAGUACAGACUGAAAUUCCUGGUAAAUUAAAAAAAAAGUAAAAAGCAUUAAAAUUAUAGUGCAGAUAUUGGAAUAAAUUAGUUUGAUACUUGCAAUUUAAUUUUUUUUUAUUCAAGUAGCAAUGUUUUUACAAAUACAACCCGUAUUUGUAAAAAAAUGUAGAUUUUUUUUUAUUUCCUGGGCGAUUUCAGCCUCUGCUUUCAAUAGUCAAACUAUAAUAGGUAGUGAAAAUAGUUUAUACAGAUUUGCGUUCCUUUUUUAAAAUUUUGUACUAAGAUCUUUGCAUUUUUACAAGAUUUAAGACGUGGUUGGGAUGGUAUUACAUAUUCUGUACAUUAAUACUUAAGUUUCUUAAUUAUUUUCAUUUAAUUUUAUGUGUAUCCAUCAUUGACCUCUUAUAAUAAAAGGUACCCACAAUCGUGUAGAAAAUUUAAAUAAAAAAACUGGCCAAUUUUGCUUUGACAGUUUUAUAAUUAUUGGUAAAGAAAAUUAUACCUAAAGGCCUUUAAAUAUAGUCCAAUAUUCAAUAAAAUCCCAAAUUCAGAGCAAAUUCAACCUUAAGUAUUGAGUUUAAGGUUGAAUUUGCAAAUGUGACUACUUGAAUCGAGUGCCAAGAUGUUGUGUUUGGCACUUAGUGAGUGGGGACGUUUUUUGCUUGCUGAUUGUGCAUCCACUUUUUAAUAGGAGAUUGAUCGUAUUCAUACAUGAGAUUAAAAAAAAUAUAGUUUGCUACUAAUAAAUGAAGUAAACCUAUAUUCUCCACAUACUUGCUAUCCUUGUUGACUUUGCAAAGAGCUUUAACUAUUUUAUAUAGAAUAUAUUUCGUUUAUUAAAAAUGUUUUUUUAAUUAAUACUUUCAUGUUUUAAAAUUACAAACAGUUAAAAUUGCAAUGAAUAAAUCUUUAUUUAAAAAAGGGAACAAACAGAUAGACAGUAACAUUUUUGUCUUUUAUAUUUAUUUAAUAUGCUUUGGUGGCAUAAAGAUACAAACACACACACCAAAAGUUAUGGUAGUUUGAUUAAAUUUAAUAAAUUUUAAUUGGUCUUAAUAAAACACAUAAUUUCAAAAAUUGAGUUUAAAACUCUGCACAAUUUUGUUUUAAUUUUUUUUAAUAGAGUUAAUACUCGUAUUUAUAUUAUCGUUUUCAAUUUACUCCCAGGUGAGAAUAUAAUUUAUUUUUGUUUUAUAGAUUUUUAAUUUUGACUACUGAAAUAUUACUAUUAAAUUAGAAAAUAUUUUUUUUGUGUAAUAUUACUUUGAUUUAUUAUCUAAUAUCACAUUAAUUAUAUUAUAGGAGAUUUAUUGUAUACACACUAAGGUAAUUAUUUAUGUAAUACUUAAUUUCUUUUGACAUAGUUUUAUUUAUAUUCCUGUGAAAUUCUUUCAAAAAUUCCUGUUUUGAUGCUGAUUUUUAUGUUUAACAAGUUGUGAAAGAUUCCAUACAUGUUUAUAUGAUGAAUAAAUAAGUGAAACUUAACAUGGUAUAACAUUCUUGCUGCCAUUUUACAAUAAUCUUAUAAUUUUAUAGUACUUAAGCUAUAUAAACAAACUGUAAUAGUAAUAAAAAAGUUAAGUACA